AUGAAUUCAAAUGAAAUGCGUCAAAAAUUUUACAACGCAUUAUCUGAUUUAUUGAAAAAUAAACGUGAAGAUAAUAAAUCAUUUUUAAACAAAGAGGAAUAUAUGUUAAGAUUGCAAGAAGUUAAAUUAGCUAAGGAAAAAAUUGGGAAGAAAAGUGCAAAGGAUUACAGAUGCAUUCGAAUUGGCAGAUCACCGUAUGAGGCGAUGUUUGGGUGUCCUGUAAGACUUGGUGUAGCGUCAGUUGGAUUUCCACUCGAUGAAACCACUAAUUUAAACCAAGAAGAAGAUAUUGAAGAAAUUGAUAAUGAUAUUAAUAUUAGACAAGAAGACGUUAUUGAAAAUAAUCUUGAUGAAGUUGAACUAACCAACAAUGAGCAUUUAAUCAAUAUCAGACAAGACGAAAUAUUGAAUGAAAGAAAAUUAUCUGCAAAAUGCUUGGAAAAUCAGGCCAAAAAAAUGAUUAAAAAAUCUAAUAAAAAAUUUGAAGAUCUUGAAGUAGGGGUAAAUGCUCGAGUUUCAAUUCCCGAUGUUGAUCGAGCUAGAGGUUCACCACGAAAUGUGUUGGCUGUCAUCAUUAGUAUCGAAGAUAACAUGUAUAAAUUAGGAACAGAAAACGGUAUUCUCAAACAUUUAUACACAAGAACGGAAAUUUUUCCUUGCAAAGAAAAAUUUAUUCUUCUCGAAAACGUCUUAAAAUUAUCUGCCGAAAAAGAAAUUACACUCCGUGAAGCGGCUGGAGUCAACAGUGUUAUGGGAACUCAAGGAUUUCAACGGUGCCACUGCAAAACAAAAUGCAAAACAAAUAAAUGUACUUGUAGAUCUAAUAACCGGCUUUGUACAUCGAAGUGCCAUUACAGCUUAUCAUGCGAGAAUAAGUGA